AUGUCAUCAUCAAAAGCUUCAAUUAAGGAAGUUAAAACUAAUAUAAUAUACGAAGCGGUUGUUGAAGAAAGUUCUGCAGAGCUUCCAAUGGAGGAAUGGUCGUCACUUAUUAUAGAACUUCCUGAACAAAAUCGCAAAAGGCUAUUGUAUGAACAAGGUUUAUAUAGUCCGGGAAGCGGAGAUUUAUGUAACAAAUAUGUGGCUAUGUCAGCCAGCUCUGUUUUUAGGCACCCAUAUUACGACUACCCUGCUGUUAUCGAUCCUGGUAUAAAGCCGGCGUUAUUAGAGCCAGAACCUAAAAUAACUUACCCAGAUGACGGUCAAGAGUUAUAUUUAACUUUGUGUAAAGAUAUGAACCAAUGUCCUGUAAAAAUUUUCUACAGAGGCUUAGUCAAGGACACCAUAGAUUUAAAAUAUUAUUGCAUCGACCCUGCUGGAGUGAGAGCCAUGACUUUAGCACUUCAAUAUAAUAAAAAUGUAAAUACUUUUAAUUUAACAGAUAACUUCCUGAAUGAUGAUGCAUGCUUUCAUUUAGGAGAAAUGCUAAUAAGUAAUAAUAGUUUGAGAGAAUUAAACUUAACAGGGUGUAAAAUAGGCCCAAAAGGAGCGAAACAACUUUUUGCAGGAUUACACAUAAAUAGGGGUCUUAAAAUUUUAAUAUUAGAUAAAAAUGAAAUAGGAGAUGAUGGUGUGGAAUAUUUAGCAGCUGUUAUUUUUCGAGGAAUAGAUAUCCAACAAAUAUCUUUGAGCUAUAAUUCUAUAAGUGGAAAAUCUGCAAACGUAUUGGCUGAAGCGUUAGAAAUAUAUAACAAGUUCACGCACAUCAAUCUUUCUUGGAACCAACUAUUUGGCCCUAUUAUGGGAACAGUGAAUUUAUUUACUCGCAUGUCAGAAAAUAAAGUUUUGCAAGAAGUAAAUCUGUCAUGGAACUCGCUAUCAAACCCCCGCAUUGGAACUGCAAUAAAAAGUAUUUUUAAAGCGCCCAAUUUACGCGUAUUGGAUAUCAGUCAUAAUAGACUAUCUGGUGAAGCCAUUCAAAAUUUCAUAGAAAACAUGGGUAAAGCUAAAAAAAUGGUAACACUGGACCUAUCGUACAAUCCUUUGACACCUGAAGAUGCUGUCAAAGUGCUUCAGAAGAUGAAACUUAACACUACAAAAAUUCAAAACCUUCUCAUGGACAAUGUAUUUGUUACCGGCGAAUUCCUGAGGCUUUUGGAUCAGAUUAAAGCCAUGAAAAAUAGAAAAACAACUGUGAUUACUUACGGAGGAGUAAUUGGUGGGUUCAAACCUACAGGACCUGAUAUGAGAGAACUAGUUUUAAACAGGGUUGAAUUUUUAACUAUGAAAGGCAAAAAGAAAAAAGUUGAUGUAGCUUUAAUUGCAUUGCAAAUGGUAAAAGAUAAAAUUGAUAUUUUGCCUGCAAAAAUGUUCGCUGAUGCCAUAGUUGCGUCAGGAGCACCCUUAGAUAGCGAUCUUUUAGACGAAAUUGUAAAUGCAUUUGCUGGACCAAAGAGUGGUAAAGCAAAGACAAUAAGUGUUAGUCUUUUGGUUGAUUAUAUCCAUCGUAAAUGGCCAGAUCGUAAACUACCACCGACACCUCCUCCAGAACUAGAACCGGAACCUGAACCAAUUGCUGAAGUAAAACCAGAGCUCAAAGGCAAACGCAAAAAGAAAAAA